CUAAAAAAUUAGUACCGAUGGGUGCAUAAAACUUAAUUUGGUGGCGUAACUGUUAUCUUCAAUCAAAGUCCAAUGUUGACGUCUGCACUCAGCGGGAGCCUGAAGGUGAAGGAGUGAAGACAAUGAGAAAGCGGCAGAGGAAAGGAAAGAUUUCACCAGAAAGAAUAGAAAAAAACAGAAAAUGGGGAAACCAUGAAAAAGUUUUCCGUUCUUUUCCUCCUCUCCCACUGUUAGUCGCCGUCUCCUUCUUCCUUCCUUCACCAAACACCAAAAAAAAAUCCAUAGUUCAUACCAGACCAAACGUCUAUCUGUUUAGAACACUAAAAACCUGCCCCUCCUGGGAAAACCUCCGAGAAACAUCUUCUUCGGUCCUCUCCUUAAAGACCCUUCAUUUAUUGCCCCACAUGAAUUCAUCUUUCGACGGUUUCAGCUUCAAAGUCCUUGAAAUCUUCGGUUAUUAGUUCUGCAGAGCUCGAUCGCUUAUUCCGUCGCUUUCCUCCCCCCUCACCCUCUCCCAAUUUUGGUCCCUGGGAGAGCGAGAAAUAGAUUAUCAAUCGAACUUGAGGGAGGAGGAAAGAGAGGAACUUUCUUUAUUUUAUUGGAGAAUUGAUGGGUGUUCUGUCAAAUCUGAGGAAUUUGAGAAAUCCAGAAGAUGGGUUGUUGCUGUCGUCCGGUUCCUCAUCGCCGGCAGCUGGGCAGGCGGUGGGUAAGAGGAAAUGGUCGAAUUUCUUGCCGGUUUUCAUCGCCCUUGUGGUUCUAGCGGAGAUCGCCUUUUUAGGUCGUCUCGACAUGGCUAAAAAUGCUGCUGCUCGGGUUGAUUCGUGGGCUGAUAGCUUUCUUUACCAGUCCCCGCCUGGUUUAAGGGGAAAUUUUCCGGUGGUUAAAAGAAAUGAUAUGGUUUUGGGGUCGGAAACUUGUGAGGACUGGUUAGAGAGAGAGGAUGAUGUGGCUUAUUCGCGGGAUUUUGAUCGGGAUCCCAUCUUGGUCGCCGGUGCUGAGAAGGAGUGGAGGACUUGUUCUGUAGGGUGUCAAUUUGGAUAUGACUCCAACAGAACUCCUGAUGCAUUAUUUGGUAUGCUAAAUGAACUGUCAGCAACUGUCAAUGUGCAUCGAUCAAUGGAAUCGGCUCAGUACUAUCCAGAGAAUGAUAUUGCUACGGCACGACGGUGGUUGAUUUCUGUUUUGAUAUUCUUCUUUUUCUUAAGGGGAUACCGUAUAGUAAUGACUACAAGUCUAUCUUCAGACGUGCCGGUGGGAUAUUUUUCCUGGGCGGAGUAUGAUAUCAUGGCACCUCCUGAGCCAAAGACUGAGAAAGCCCUUGCAGCUGCAUUCAUUUCAAACUGUGGUGCUCGCAACUUCCGCUUGCAAGUUCUCGAUGCCCUUGAAAAAUUGAAAAUUCCAAUAGAUUCUUACGGUGCUUGCCAUCGGAACCGUGAUGGUAGAGUGAACAAAGUGGAGGCUCUGAAGCACUAUAAAUUUAGCUUGGCUUUUGAGAAUUCUAACGAGGAGGAUUAUGUUACGGAGAAAUUCUUCCAGUCACUCGUUGCUGGAACCAUCCCGGUGGUUGUUGGUGCUCCAAACAUCCAAGAUUAUGCCCCUGGGCCAGGGUCAGUAUUACAUAUCAAAUCCCUCGAAGAUGUUGAGACUGUUGCGAAGACCAUGAACAAUCUGUCUGAAAAUCCUACUGCAUAUAAUCAGUCGCUAAGGUGGAAGUUCGAGGGUCCGUCUGAUUCAUUCAAGGCGCUGGUGGAUAUGGCAGCAGUACAUUCUUCAUGCCGUCUUUGCAUUCACCUUGCUACUAUGAUCCAUGACAAAGAAGAAAGUAGCCCGGGGUUCAAGAAACGCCCUUGCAGAUGCACUCGAGGCUCCGAGAUCAUACAUCAUGUACAUGUUAGAGAGCGAGGAAGGUUCAAGAUGGAGUCAAUUUUCUUAAGGUCUGGAAACUUGACAGUGGACGCACUGGAGCAUGAGGUGCUGAAGAAGUUCAAGACCAUGAAACACGUGCCAAUUUGGAGGGACGAGAGACCCGAAAGCAUAAGAGGAGGAGAAGACGAUUACAAAGUCUACAGAGUAUACCCUGUAGGGUUGACGCAGAGGCAAGCGCUCUACUCUUUUAAAUUUUCCGAUAUCGACUUACAGAAUCACCUGGAAGCGAAUCCAUGUGCUAAGUUGGAGGCCAUCUUUGUCUAGUUAACAAAUGAGACUUUACUCUGGUCUUGAGCUUGAAUCCUCGGCUGCGCUCUCUCAAAACUUGAGUCAAUAUUUUCGGCCCAAAGUUAGCAGUGGAUCUGUUUAACUGUCAUCCUUGUACCAACCAUUCUUGUAUACGAGACAGAGUGGAAUCACUUGUAGUGUAGCUCAGAAAACAGGGUAGGAAACGGAAAGCUAUUGGAGACCCUUUCUUUCUUCACUGAUCUGAGAAUGCAAUUGGUGCAUGCUUUUUAGACGAGAGAAUUUUGGUCUCAUGUUGUCCUUUUACACGAUCUCCUGUGGUUUAGUAUGUAAACCACAUGGAAUGGAUUAGUGUAGUGGCGGUUUGUGAUGACUAUUAAAGUAUGAACUAGCUUAUACCCGAU